AUGGCGCUCAAUGCUGGUUCUCACAACAUAGCGGGCGAGGAGACUGGCCCUGUAACUGGGCAACCCCCGCCACUCUCGAAUGAAACGAAAAGUGAGAUACUUCACUCUUCAACGCAAGAUGCUACCGGCCAGAAUGCCCCAGGUCGCGACGGUGGAGAUGCAAACGCCGAGAAGAAAGUAAAGUCUGCGAAAGAGCUAGAAAAAGAACGCAAGAAAGCGGAGAAGGAUGCGAAGUUUAGAGAGAAGCAGAAGAAACAACAAGAGCAGGCUACUGCAAGCUCAAAAGCGAAGAAGAAGUCUGACACAAAGAAGGAGGCCUUACCAGAAUACGUAGAAGAGACUCCCAAGGGUCAGAAGAAAAUUUUGAAGCCUCUAGAUGACGAAUGGCACAAGGCAUAUCACCCCAAAGUUGUUGAGUCUGCAUGGUACGACUGGUGGGAGGCAGAAGGCUUCUUCAAGCCGCAGUUCACACCAGAAGGGGACGUCAAGCCCGCAGGUCACUUCGUGAUUCCCAUACCACCUCCCAACGUUACGGGAGCAUUGCAUUGCGGACACGCUCUCGCUACUGCGCUCCAAGACACCCUUAUACGAUGGCAUCGGAUGAAGGGGUUCACCGUCCUGUACCUUCCGGGAUGCGAUCAUGCUGGUAUAUCAACACAGUCCGUGGUGGAAAAGAUGCUUUGGAGACGGGAGAAGAAAACACGUCAUGAUCUGGGCCGACAGGAGUUCACAAAAGUCGUAUGGGAUUGGAAAGAUGAGUAUCAUCAGAAGCUCGUGGCUGUAUUGAAGCGACUUGGUGGAUCGAUGGACUGGUCAAGGGAGGCCUUCACUAUGGACGCCAAUCUUUCAAAGGCAGUUACAGAGACAUUCGUCAGAUUACACGAAGAGGGAUAUAUCUAUCGGUCCAACCGCCUGGUGAGCUGGUGUACUCAACUUAAUACGGCCCUUAGCAACAUUGAAGUUCAAAACAAAGAGAUCACGGGACGCACCAAGAUCUCCGUGCCCGGGUACGACAAGAUGAUUGAAUUUGGAGUGCUCACAUAUUUCAAAUAUCCAAUCGAAGGUGAAGAGGCCAUUACUGUGGCCACGACCCGGCCCGAAACCAUGCUUGGAGACUCCGGUAUUGCCGUGCAUCCGGACGACGAGCGUUAUAAACACUUAAUUGGAAAGAAAGCAAAACAUCCAUUCGUAGACCGAGAGCUGCCAAUCGUAGCAGACACUUAUGUUGAGAAGGAUUUCGGUACCGGCGCGGUAAAGCUGACCCCAGCACAUGACCAGAACGAUUUCGAGCUUGGUAAACGCCAUAAUCUCGCUUUUAUCAACAUUCUUAACGACGAUGGUACUCUUAAUCAGAAUGGUGGCAAAUUUGCGGGACAAAAGCGUUUCGAUGUACGCUAUACUGUCGUCAAAGAACUAACAGACCUUGGCCUGUUCGUAAAACAAGAGGACAACCCAAUGAAGAUUCCCCUCUGUGAGAAAUCGAAAGAUGUUAUUGAGCCAUUGAUCAAGCCGCAAUGGUGGAUGAAAAUGGGAGAACUUGCGGAGGAGGCUGUCAAGGUGGUGAAGGCCGGUGAGAUCAAGAUUCGACCUCAAAAAUCAGAAGACGAAUACUACCGCUGGAUGAGCAAGGUCAAUGACUGGUGUCUCUCGCGUCAAUUGUGGUGGGGCCAUCAAGCACCUGCAUAUUUUGUAAAGAUUGACGGCCACGAUCUACAGAAGGACAAUGCAGAUGGUGAAUAUUGGGUCACAGGCCGCACAGAAGAAGAUGCCCAACAAAAGGCUACGAAGAAGUUUCCAGGACAGAAAUUCAGUCUCGAAAGGGACCCCGACGUCUUGGACACAUGGUUCUCAUCUGGACUAUGGCCAUUUUCAACAUUAGGCUGGCCUGACAAGACCCACGACUUUGAAAAACUUUUCCCUACUUCUGUUCUAGAGACAGGUUGGGACAUCCUGUUCUUCUGGGUCGUCCGCAUGAUAUUCCUUUCUCUAAAGCUUACCGGAAAAGUGCCUUUUAGCGAGGUAUAUUGUCAUUCACUUAUCCGCGACUCAGAUGGCCGUAAGAUGUCUAAAUCUCUGGGUAAUGUCAUAGAUCCGAUCGAUAUUCUAGAGGGAAUCACACUACCGGACCUCCAUGCCAAGUUGCACGUUGGCAAUCUAGACCCGAAGGAGGUGAAGAACGCCGAGAGAUACCAGAAGGCUGCUUUUCCUCAGGGCAUGCCUGAGUGUGGUGCUGACGCGCUUCGAUUCUCACUGAUUCAAUAUACUACUGGUGGUGGUGAUAUUGCUUUCGAUAUCAAAGUAAUGCAUGCGCACCGUAGAUUCUGUAACAAGGUAUACCAAGCAACGAAAUAUGUAUUGGGGUCACUUGGCGCAGGUUACCAGCCGCAGAAGUCUAGCGCCUUGUCUGGAAAUGAGUCUAUGGGUGAAAAGUGGAUUUUACAUAAGCUCAGCAUUGCUUCAAAGGACAUCGAUAAAGCGUUGACCAAUCGCGAAUUCUCCAGAGCGACAAUCAUCGCUCACAAGUAUUUCUAUGAUAACUUGUGCGAUAUCUUCAUCGAAAUCUCAAAACCUGCUUUGAAGGAGGGCUCUUCCGAAGAGCAGGCAUCGACAAAAGCAACACUAUACACGGCACUAGAAGGUGGAUUGACGAUGCUGCACCCAUUCAUACCGUUCGUAACAGAGGAACUUUGGCAACGUCUUCCCCGUCGCCCAGACGAUUCAACACCUUCGAUUUGUCUUGCAGCAUACCCACAAUACGUUUCAGAGUUCGAUGAUUCUGUGUCGGAGGCCCGCUUCCAACUGGCCUUGGAUGUCAAGCUUGGAAUCACGAACCUCAUCAAUGAUUUCAAGCCGGAGAACGCCAAGAUCCUGAUCCAGGCAUUCGACCAGGAUUCUGAACAGAUUCUUGCAGCAGGUCUCUCCGAAAUCAAGCGUUUGUCGCAGUAUCUCAAGACCUCGUCCAUCGAGAUCUUGCCAUCUUCGCAGCCGAUGCCCAAAGGAUACGGUGUAACAGUCGUGUCGCCAACUGUAGCUGUCUACGCAGAAAUACAAGAUCUCGACAUCGAGUCACAGGUAAAGAACGCAACAGAGGCCAUGAGCAAGGCUACCGACGGCGUCAAGGAACAGCGCAAAGUCUUGGACGAGCCCGAGUUCGCGGAGAAGUCAAGUAAAGACGCGCAAAUCCUUGAGCAGAAGAAGUACGAUGAUUUCCUCGCGGAACAGAAAACUUGGGAGCAUAUCAUUGAACAGUUUCACACAAUGAAGCUAUAA